CUAGGAUCUGGACGAUGAAGAUUUAUCUUUAAAAAUUAACCCAUAGUUGACUGAGAUUUUCCUGCCAUUCAUGUCCUUGUCUAGGACGAAACGACCCGUGCUAUUGGCAUACGAGGCGUCCUCUCACAGCGCUCCAUCAAAGUGACCAUUGCCAUCCAGUGGACAAUGACUAUCCUCAACGUGGGGGCUCUCAUGUUCAUCUGCUUCCAGGGAGAAGAAUUCUCCGGGGGAAUGAACAAGGUUAUAUAUUUCACCGGCGAUAAUUCAGUUGCUUCACUCGUUGUCACCGUCAUCGUUAUGUUCUUCUGCUCCAGUGCCUGGACGUGUGGUCCUUUCUUGAUAAAUAUCGUUUGCUUGCUGCUGACGAGACACUUCCUGGAAUUCGAUAAACUCAUGAAGCUGCACAUUGCAGGAUCAGACCAUGGAGUCCCCCGCCGUCUCCAACAACUCAGAGAGCGCCAUCUUGUCCUGUGUGAGACUGUUGAGGUCUUGGACCGCAGUUUUUGUGUCAUACUGGCCUUUAUCUACGGGGUGUCCAUUGGUCUGUGUUGCGUGUUACUGUAUGACCUGAUCAACAUUCACAUGGACCUUUCUGUGGCGUUCGUUAUCUGUUUCUGGUUGGCCUGCGUCACGACGAUGAUGGGAGUCACGACCUACUUUGUGGCCCAGGUUAACGAAGCAAUGCACGCCGUGGCCUAUGACAUACAGACCGUGCAAACUGAUGGCAUUACAUCACAAGAUCACACUCAGCUGCAAUUAUUCCUUGCCAAGUUGAACGGACCCAGCAUGGGGUUUACAGUACUGGGCAUGGUGACAGUGACCAAGGAGUUCAUGCUAACGAUCUUCAGCUUGAUCCUGACUUAUGCAGUGAUUUUGCUGCAGUUCCAGUGAAGAAAUACUACUAUGUCCAAUUUACAAAGAGCGGCGUCAUACACAUACAUGUUUUCGGGGAAACAUUUUGAUCUGUUGCCGACGAAUAGACAGUUACGGUCACAUUUAUCUAUGGACAGAUAAGAACGGUGGUGAUGCCUAGAAGAAGUAGAAGACGCUGACUUCACCCUGCGUUAUCAAACCACAUCACUGAUACAAAGAUAACUUCUCACAUCUAUGUAUUAGCUGGAGGAGAGUCACAGAGAAUGCUGUACAGAAAGUGGGAAGAUGUAGAACAAUACCAAAAGUCCAGCCUAGGAAAUGGAAAAGUCGAAAGUGUUUGUUGGUGGCCUAUACCCUGAUGCAGGGGGAAAGGCAAUGUUGAUGACAUGUAUGUAUUAUUGCUACUUGCAAUGACAAUGAAGACGAACAAUUAAAAUAUUGUUUAUUUUUGUGUGUCUAUUUGUUCAAGAAUAAAAGACCUCCACACUCAAAAGGUGAUAGAAAAGAAAAAAUAGACAAUAUUUAAAUUGAACUGAAAGCGCAGUUUGUAAUUUUUACAGAUGUAUUUCAUUUGGUCGUUUUGUACUGUCAACGGGAGUCAACCCCCCCCCCCCCC